UGCAUGCGCUGGAUUCAUAUCUAGAUUGCAGCCUCAAAUAAUAGUAUGAAACAGAGGUGAUCAUGAUGUUCAACUGUCUUAUUCAGAAUCUAUUAUAUGGUCUCUUUGCUACAUGCAUCCUACAAGUACUGGUACCAGCCCCACACUAUCAAGUAAAGGGAGAAUUAUUUGCAGUGAUCAAUGGAUCAGAGCCUGGAGAUUGCAUAAUGGAAGGUGAUACAUUGAUUCUUAUAUGCAGAAUCAAAGAUGUUGAAGGUACUGGGGCAACAGUGUGGACUGGAAGUGACCCAAUAUUCAACUGUCCAAAUGAAAACAGUAUUGCGAAUAGACGAGUUCAUUUAUUUCAUCAAGCGUUCCAAAAUCCUGCUAUUCCUGAUUCAAGGGUUUUUUGUACCGAUAAUGUUGUUGGUCAAAUUGUUGAGUACAACGGCACUCAUUAUACAUCAAGGCUUACUGUGUCUACCACUCAGCAAAUAAAUGCUGGAGUGAUCUCUUGUCACUCGUACUAUGAAACUGAAAUUACUGGUCAAGUACAGAUAUCAGUUGGAGUUGUUCCAGCACCUCCUACACAAAUCGAUGUAGUAUUCCAUGGUCCGGAAAAAGAAUUUAAAAUUAGUUGGAGCAUGCCAGAUACAUUGGGUGGUGUUCGGAACUAUCUAACAGAGAUAGCGGGAAGUGACUGUGGCACCUGCAAUAACAGCAGUUUGCAACCAGAGGUGCUGUGUUUUGAUUGGAUCCCUAACGGACAGAUGUGCAAUGUGACGGUGAAGACAGUUUCAGCUGACUGUGGAUUUGUUAGUACAGUUUCUACAGCCAAGCAAAUAUACUUAAAAUAUCCUGAUGCACCUGUUAUAAAGAUGGUUCUACCUACAUACUCAAUUGAACAAGAACUUGAAUCCCUAUCAGUGAUUAUGAUGCUAACAGAAGGAAAUUUUGAUGCAAAUGGAUUGCCCAUUACAUAUGGUGUGCACCUAGAAGAUGUGACAUCUGGAAAUGUCUGUGUUAAACUGGCGAGCAGAGAGUGUGAUGUUUAUAAUUGUGAAAUAAAGAUUGUAAUGUCUGAGGACUGUUUAAUGGAAAAAGAGAGCCUGUUUUCGAUUAAGGUCUUCGCUGAAACACUGAUCGGCCGAUCAAGCACUCUAUACUUGGAUCUAAUCGAUUCCCAAAACAAAUUCAUCGAACUGAGCAUAGUGAUAAAAGAUGAUUUUGCUCUCUUGGUAACAGAAUUUAAUAACAUUUCCCUCACAUUAUCAACUUCUGUGCAAUACGGGCUUUGUAAUGCGCUGAACUUACAGAAACAAGUAUAUGGAGCUAAUGACUCUGCAACUUGUGUUGUUAUAAAUGAUGUACCCUCAAGGGAGGAGUCGUGUUUUAUCGCAACUUGUACGACAGAUAAUAUCAAUUAUUCCAUCAGUAUUCGAGGAGAGUUUAAAGAUACUACGAGUGUGGAUCUAUUGACUCCUAUUACUACCGCUGGAGUUAUUUUAGCACUCUCAGUAAUUUUCAAUUUCGCUAUUCUUUUCGGAUGCUUGACUUUAUUAGCAUCAAGAUUUAAAGCAAUUAAAGCAACAGAGUCUGAUAUUGAAGAACAGAGCGGGAGAAACGCUGAUCCUGUCUAUGAAGAAGUUUUGCGUACGGUUGAAGAAGUAGAUCCUGUAGUUGAGAAAAAUCUCUGUUAUGGAAACACUACUGCACUGUAAAGCCUGCAUGUAAAAGAAAGUGGGUGUGUCUUACAGUUACUUGAAAUUCAUUCUUUACAAAGUGAUGUCGUAUUCCAUUUUAUAGUUCUUUUUGUACUGUAUAAGCUCAUACUCGUGAUACUCUCCUUUUCAUAGCUAUAUUAUUCACAGGCAGUUCAUUUAUAAUUUGAAUGCACAUGCAUCUACAUUGACAUUAGAUGCAUGCACACUAAAGAGCUCAUUAGGAAGAGAACGCAACCAUAGCAGGUGUUCUGUCCAGCCUAUGUCACACAACAACAUGUUGAUUAUCGCUAAUGUAUUCAUUGCCUUCCUUAUAUAGUGUUAU